AUGAUGCCUGUUGCAACUGUGAUGCCUGAUGACACCCCCAUGUUUGACCCCAGCAUUCUGCAUGAACUUGACUGGAGUGAGAACACAACAACAUUUUCUCCUGCCAUUUCUCCACUGGAUCCAGGGGAUGGGCUGGUUCUGAGGCCACUUUGCACAGCAGAUUUAAAUCGAGGUUUCUAUAAGGUUCUGGGACAGCUGACGGAGACAGGAGUUCCGAGCCUGGAGCAGUUCAUCAAGACCUUUGAGCACAUGAAGAGAUCUGGAGAUUACUAUGUCACUGUGGUGGAAGACACAAACCUCGGACAGAUCGUUGCCACAGCAACGCUGGUUAUAGAGCAUAAAUUCACCCACUCCUGUGCUAAGAGAGGAAGGAUAGAGGACGUGGUGGUCAGUGGGGAGUGCAGAGGGAAGCAGCUCGGGAAACUCCUGAUCUCCACCCUCACGUUGCUCAGUAAGAGCCUGAACUGUUACAAAAUCACACUGGAGUGUCUGCCCAAAAAUGUGGAUUUCUACAGGAAGUUUGGCUAUUUGGUAUCCGAGGAAAACUACAUGUUCCAACGGUUCUUUAAUUAA